AUGAAAGACUGCGAAUAUACGGCGGAAUUGAAGAUACAAGAAGUGCUCCCAGGCUUCAAAGUUAAUGUUAAAAGGACGGAAGACUGGAUAAAUAAUGUCAUUUCAAUUGAAAUCCGUGAACUCCAUACGGCACAAUGGGGAUUCCCGGAAUUACAAGUGGAGGCGCUAAACAAACUGGAGUACCUUCUACAGUUGCCGUUCGUGAGCGAAGUAGAAGUUACCGAAAUUCACUGGCCCAAUUUGGAAAGUUUCGUGAACCCCGGAAUAUCAUUGGACGCAUAUUACAAAAUCCACAGAACCAAAUCCAGCGGAACUUGUGAAGAGUUUCUGAAAACAUUACAGCCCCAAUUUUUGAACAUUUUCCGGUGCAGAAGAGUUGGUGAAGAACGAAGUUCUCGGACUGCACGUAUCUCAGUUGUCAAGCUGGAACUAUUUUGCCAAACUCAGGAAUCAACUCAAGUCAACGACUCCCGUCAAUCCUUGGAAUAUGCUACGGUUUUACAAAGACGGGAUGGUCAGUGCGUAUAUCCUGUUCAGCUCAGACGCAGAAAACUAUUCUAUGAGCCAGUUACUGGGCCAAAUGGUGGAUACCCUUUCGUUAUCUACUUAAACCGAUUGCCCAAGCGGAAUGCAACUAAAGAGGAGAUCUGCUCAGUGAUACAAAAGCGAACGGGCAUACCAAUGGUCAGUUGUGAAAGACCCGCUAUAGAAGAUCCACAACGCAUAUUCAUCGAGACAGCUCCACGGAAUGAGAGUGUGCUGAAUCUAAUGGCUCAGAUGAUGGAGAGACUGAAUAUAGAUCGUUCGGAGACCUGUACUGCCAACGUAGCAUUGACUAUGGAUUACAAGAAAAUUCCCGAAGAAUAA